AUGUCCGAUCUCCCUAAAAUACCCCUAAGAAUCCCGAAAAAUUACAUACCGUACCUCGAAAAACACCGAAUCUAUGAACUAUUCCACGAAAUGGCACGAGAAUUGGUCAUCCAAAAACCAGAAGACCACAUUCUUUUCAUGAAACAAAUCUUGGAACAAGCAGCGGCUAGCAGAGAUGUUUGUAGACUUAUUCUAAUUAGCUCGCCGAAAAUAAAUAGAAUCACUAUUGCUCAAGAGAUAGCUAAACACACGAUGCAAUUUGUAGUAACUUCUAAUGAUUUGAAGAAUUUAUUCAGUCACGAAAUGAGCGCGGACACUGUGGCUAAAACUUUAACGGUUUUACUAAGAAACCAAAACGUUUCCAAAACAGGCUGGAUUAUUGCAGAUUGCAUCAACAACGAAGAAGAAGCUAAAGCUCUUCUUAAAUUAGGAGUUUUGCCAACUCACGUUUUUCAAAUAAUCACCCCUUUUGAACCAAAAUUAGAUGAACUUCUUUAUUGCGAUGUAGCAGAAAACUGGCCGCAAGUAAGAAGAGACUUGUUCGGCCUAAAAGAAGUUUUUGGUAAGAAAAUCAAAGAAAUCAGUUUGAUGGACAAAAAUAUUGUACAACUAGCUCGGACAUGUCAUGACCUAUGUUUCAAAAAAUCUGCAUUGAAAACAGUUAAGCCAAGAGUAAUUAUUUUGGGCCCUAGAGGAUCUGGAAAAAAAACUCAAGCAAGAUUGCUUGCAAACCUAAUUCAUGUCGACUUUGAGUAUUUACUUUGUCAAGCAUGGAUGUCCGAAAGUGAAUUAGGACAAAUGCUAAGGCAAUGUGACAAAAUGGUUUGCUUUCAUUCGGAAUUACUUUGUCAAAUUGUUAAUAAACGAAUUUUGGAACCAGACUGUAUGGAUCAAGGCUGGGUUUUAACUGGAUAUCCAUAUACCGUGACUGAUCUUAAAUUUUUGGACUCACUUCAAACACCUCCAAAUCGAAUUAUAGCAUUGGAUUGUGAUCUGAAUAUUGCCAAAGAGAGGAUUAGAAAUAGGCCACAUUAUGCUUAUAAAGGAUCAAAUGUUGAUUUGAAAUCAACUGCAAACGAAGAAAAAAAGGCCGUAAUUGUUUCAGACAGAAAGCAUCCAAAAGAUUCAAUGGAUAUCGUUCAAGCUGAGCACGAUUUCUAUUGCAAUAACUAUGGACGUAUAAAAGCUUAUUGUGGAGAAACCCUAAUGAUUGUCAAAGCAGAUCAAUCAGAAAGACGAGUUUACGAAUGCAUUUUGGGUUAUAUUGUGGGUGCCAACCCCAUGGGACCACCUAGGAAAGGUUUUGGAGUUGAAAUUCCAGAAGUUUGUAGCUGCGAUUGUAUUAAUAUUCCUCCAAAAGUGAUGAAGGCUUAUCAUUUACCUGUGUAA